AUGAUUUGUCCAUAUAUUCAUGGAAAAUGUUCAUUGAAUUGUGAAAAUAGUGGUGGACGAUGUCUUAAAACACAAAUACCAACUAUGCCAGAAAUUUGUGUUUGUUCAAAUGAUACAUAUACGAAUUCAACAUGUACUGAUGUAGAAAAUAAAAAUGAACAUGAAAUUAAUAUGACAUCAAUGAAUAUUCACGCUCGUCGUUUAAUUGCUGUUUGUGAACAUUCAUUUUGUGGUGAUGAUGGUAUUUGUAUUGUAAUUGAUUCAACAUUUGGAUGUAUAUGUGCUGAUGGUAAUAUUGCAGAUAGAUGUAUUUCAAAUACAAAUAUAGGUGUUGCUUCAUAUUGUGCUGUGGGAUGUUUAAAUGACGGUGUAUGUAAUCCAAUAUUAGGUACAUGUACAUGUCCAAGUGGUUUUUCGGGUACACGAUGUGAAAUAGCACGAAGUACUGAUCUUUGUCGAGAUAUUGCCUGUCGUAAUGGUGGCGUUUGUAAUAUUAUAAGUCCAACUUAUGCGACAUGUUGGUGUUUAUUGGGUUUUCAUGGUGAUUAUUGUGAACGACGAUCAGUUGCACCAAGAUGUGCAUCCAGUAGAUGUUAUAAUGGAGGUACUUGCUAUGAACAUUCACCAGCAUCAUCAAUAUUUGCUUAUUGUUUAUGCAAACCUGGUUUUACAGGUUCACGAUGUGAAACUGAAUAUUUUCGAUGUCCAAAUAAUGGUUAUUAUGCUGAUGCAUUUGGUUGUGCACAGGGCAAAUAUUUUGAAUGUGUUGAAAAAACAAUUAUUGUUUCUCGUUCAUGUCCACGAGGUCUUCGCUAUAAUUUCUUUCUUGGUCGUUGUGAUUAUGCUGUCAAUGUAGCUUGUCCUGCUUUAUAA